GAUUUGUUUGAUUACUUCAUGUUAAUUUCUAUAUUUAAAUUUACAUAAUCAACGGUAAAAACCCCUCUUCAUUCAGUUUAGAUGUCUGUCAAUUACGAUUCUAGUCGUGUGACAUUAGUAAUGACUUUGUAAUUCCAAAAUGGGUAGUAUUAUAUCCUAUUAGAACCUCCAGUUAUCUAUUUUAUCUUACAGUUAUAAGAGCUAUAGUAAUAGUUGUUAUGCCUUCUGAUCUUAUAGAAUAAUGGACUCUGUUACGUUACAUCUCUUUUAUAUGCAGUCACAUACAAAUUUUAAAGUGAACUUUUUUUUUCGUGUUUUCAGAUAUGCUUGAAUCAAAUUUGAAUAUUAUUUCAGAUACAACAUCAUUAUUAUCUCUAUGACGGAACAAGAGAAGGAAGUUGAGGAACCAGUUCCUAAGAGAGUCACUAUAUCCAAUGAUGAUCUUUAUAGGCGAUCUACUCAAUUUGAAUUAUGGUCAUUUACUCAAGAAUCAUUAGACAAAGCUAAACAAAAGGCAAAUAAAACAGGUCAAUUACUUGCUCAAGAAAGAUUUAAUCAAGCAUUUAAUAAGAGUAAAAGUGAAAAUCCAGAAUUGUUUGAAAGAUAUAAAGAUGAUGAAUUGAAUCCUCAAACUUUAAUAACGCUAUUAACUUAUGAAGAAGAAUCAAAAUUCAUUCAAUUCUAUUGUCAAAAUAUAGUACAAACCACUGAUUAUUUCAGAAUGCCAACUCAAGUUAAAUUAACUGCCAUUUCAUUAUUUAAAAAGUUUUAUCUUAUCAAUUCCAUGAUGGAAUAUCAUCCUAAGAAUAUCAUGUAUACUAGUGUGUUUUUAGCUGCUAAACUGGAAAAUUAUUUUAUAUCCAUUGAAUCAUUUGUACAGAGAUUAAAAGAUGUAAAGCCAUCUGAUAUUCUUGAUUUAGAAUUUAAAAUCUUACAAAGUUUGAAAUUCACUUUAUUAGUUCAUCAUGCAUUCCGUCCCUUAUAUGGAUUCUUUCUUGAUUUUCAAGCUGUUCUAUUACAUCCAUCUCCAUUAAUGUAUGAUGUGUCAGUCGAUACUUUAGGUGCAUUAUAUGAUAAAGCAAAAAUAUGGUUAAAUGAAAAUGCUAUACUAAGUGAUGUAGCCUUCUUAUUUACACCUCCUCAGAUUGCACUUGCAGCAAUGUAUGAUGUUAAUAGAAGAGUAACAGAUAGAUAUUUAAAAAAGAAGUUCUUAACAACUUCAGCAGUUCAUAAUGACCAUGAAGAAAUAGGAGACGAAAAUGAAGAACCUACUAAUGAUGAUAAUAAUGAAAUUGAUGAUCAAAUAAAAUCAGAAAGAAACCAGUAUGAAAUAUUGGUAAGAACCAUUAGAAAAUGUAUAAGGAUUUCCAAACAAGAGAAGCCAACUUCUGAAGAAAGUAAAGAAAUUGAUAAAAGAUGUAAAUCUGCUUUGAGUCCUGACAAAGUUAUAGAGAGAAAGAUAAAGAAACUAACUACUUCACCUUAGUCAUAAACCGUAACUAUCAAUUGCCGUGUAAGCCGGUUUCAUUGUUCAAUCACGAUUUAUAUAGCUAUAGAUACUUCCAAUACAAAUGGUCCAAUAGAAUCCGAUUUAUAUUGUAUAUAUAUACGCCUUGUACC